AUGCUUUUAUUUACGAUCACUUUCGCCUUUCUUGGUUUGAUCGUACCGUUUUUGAUCACAAAUUUCCCCGAUCAACGUGUGAACUUCAACCAAUACUCGGGCUUUUACUCGGUUGGAGUAAAUGGAGAUUGUCAACUUCAUUAUCGGUUUCUUGAACCUCAAAACAGUCCAAGGAUCAAUCCUGUGGCUAACGGGAGGACCAGGAUGUUCAGGCUUAUCCACGCUACUCACCGAGUUUGGACUUUUCUUUAUUUCAACGCACUAUUAGCAUUGCAAGCUAAUGCUGACGAAGAAACGCUGAAAUCGAAUUUAUUUGCAUGGAAUCGAAACAGCUCUGUGCUCGUCUUUGAGGCACCAGCUGGAGUUGGAUUCUUG